UCGGUCUUUUUACUGUUAAGCUAGCAAGUUUAUAGUUAGCCGAUGGUAGCUUCUUAUCUUCCCAUUUUUGCAUUUGCUAAUACAACUAUUCAGCUAUGAACUUCGCUUUUGUCUUACGUUCAUCGGCCACAGGACUUCGUUGAACAGCAACUUUUGGAGAACACCGUACUAUUAUGUACUGGGCAACAUCGUAAGCCUAACAGGUUAACAGGUUUAGCUACUGUUAGCCAUGGCCCUGUCCUGUGUGACAUGACAACUUUCCCGACCUGCUGAUGGUCCGUGUGUCAUCUCAGUGAUCCUAUGAUAUUCCUGCCUGGUGGACCAUCUUAACAACACAGCAUGGAUGAGGAGUCUGUCGACCAAGCGGCCAGCCUGUCUCCUCUUCGCCACAACGCUGGAGCUGACUGUAACCAUGGUGACCAGAGCUCACUGUUGAGCCAGCAGAAGAUGGUGUUGGAAAACCACGAUUAUCUCCAUCGUUGUGAAACACUGGCCUCAAAGGUUUCAGCGGAAGAGAGAGGAGUGUGGUGUGAGUCUGAUGUCUCUGUAGUACAACAGAACAACCUCUACAACACAACAUCAUCCACUAAGAAGUCUUUCCCCUGCUCUGUGUGUGGACGACUCUUCAUUACAAAACAGUCCCGGGACCGACACAUGAAGACCCACACGGGAGAGAAGCCGUUCCACUGCACCGUGUGUGGGAAGAGCUUCUCUCAGCAGUCCUCCUUUAGGAUACACCAGCGGAGCCACACUGGGGAGAAGCCCUACCGCUGCCUUGCACCUGACUGUGGGAAGAGCUUCUACCAAUCAGGAGCCUUGUUGAGACACGGAAGGGGUCACGCUGAGGGGUCGACUAGACUAAGAGCUGCUGGAGAUGUGCUGCCUCACCAACAGGAGCUGCUUGUCCAACAGGACGAUACUAGUAACAAGAAUUCUAAACUUCAGGCUGUAGUGGAUGUGCUGCCAGAACAACAGGAGGUCCGUCUGGCUCAAGGAAACAGUCCUGCUUCUCCUCCCAGCUCCGUCUCCUCUCCACCGGGAGGACUAGCUGUCCGACACCGGCAGAACCACAACAACACUUGCCACACCUGUCAGAAGUGCGGAGAGCAGUUCCAUACCUUCUACAAGCUGCGUGUCCACCUGACCACCCACAGGGGAGAGAAGCCCUUCUCCUGUCCAGACUGUGGUCAACGCUUCUCAGCCCGGGGGUACAUGGAGUCACACCAGAGGGUACACAUCAAGGAGAGACCACACCCCUGCCCCGACUGUGGUAAAAGGUUCCUCUCCCUGGGAGACCUGAAGAGACACCAGCAGAGCUUUUCCGAGGAGAGACCGUACAGCUGCUCCGAGUGCAGGAAGAGUUUCACCCAGCCGGGGUUCCUAAGGGCACACCAGAGGACACACACCGGGGUAAAAGGUUACCGCUGCCCCUACUGUCACAAGGACUUCUUCACUGCCUCCAGUCUGAGGAGACACAGGAAGCAGGUGCAUGCGGAAGAGACCGUCACGCUGCCCCCUAGUGGUGGACUCCAGCUGUCACAUGCUGGAGAGAGCCUGGGUCAAGCUGAAGCUGGUGUACCAGGACUGAAGGUCAUAGUGAAGGAGGAGGAGGAUCCUGCUUUUGGAGACAUUUCUAACAACCACCACUCUGAGACUACUGAGGAGAGUCUCCCUGCAGCCGUAGAGCAUAAACAGCAACACCAUAAACAGCAUCACAGCUGUCACAGAAGAGCCCACCCCUGCCCUGUGUGUGGAAAGGAGUUUCCCAUUGCAUACAAGCUACAAGUCCAUAUGAGAAUCCACACUGGAGAGAAGCCUUACUCCUGCUCUGUGUGUGGGAAGAGCUUCGCCCAGAAGGGGAGCCUGACGCUCCACCAGAUUGUUCACACCGGAGAGAAACCUUACUCCUGCCCCGACUGCGGGAACACCUUCUCCCAGAUGAUCAGCCUGAAGAGACACCAACUGCUGCACACGGGAGAGAGACCGUACCGCUGCUCCGAGUGUGGGAGAAGCUACACCCAGCAGAGAAACCUGAGGGCCCACCAGCUGAAGCACACAGCAGAGAGACUUCACCGCUGCUCUGUGUGUGGGAAGAGCUUCUUCACACCCUCAGGACUCAGGGAUCACCAGAGGUCUCACACAGGAGAGAAACCAUUCCUCUGCUCUGUGUGUGGGAAGAGCUUCUCACGGCCUGGUCUCCUGAGAGAACACCAGCAGACUCACACAGAAGAUGGUGGACAGGUGGAGCGAAACCGCAGCAAGGACCCUGGUGACCGAUCAAGCCCCAAACCCAAAGAGUCCCUUGGUAAAAUUCUGGGACUGAAAAAGGGGAAGGAGGCGAGAGAAGAGGAUGAGGAACUUGGUGGUUUGAUUAAUUCCGACGGAGAGGAAAUUGGUCACGAUUCUCUUUCUAGAAAAAGCCCUGUCCCAGUCUUUGUUAGCGGUGAGAUUCCCUCGACAUCAGCAGAACCUGAACAACACCAACAAAUCCAGGAGAAACGGUGCAGAACCAAGAAGCCUCACCUCUGCUCGGUGUGUGGAAAGGAGUUCCCUAAACCAUCGAAGCUAGUUGCACAUCUCCGCACACACAGUGGAGAGAAACCCUUCCGCUGCUCCGUGUGCGGUAGAGGUUUCUCCACAGGGGGUAUCACUCUACAGAGACACCUUCUGACACACACGGGGGAGAAACCUUACCACUGCUCUGUCUGUGGGAAGAGGUUCAUCCAGCGAGGGAAUCUGUUAAAACACCAGAAGGUACACACCGGAGAGAAACCUUACUCCUGCUCCGUGUGUGGACGGAGUUUCCCUCGAUUUGAGCGUCUGAAGGACCACCAGCGGACACAUACAGGAGAGAAACCUCAAUCUUGCGAUGUCUGUGGGAUGAGGUUCUCCUACGCGUCCUCCCUCAAGGUCCAUCGCAGGAUGCACACCGGGGAGAGACCUUACCAGUGCUCUGUCUGUGGGGAGAGCUUCAACUCAACAGCAAACCUGAGGAAACACAGACAGUCCCACACUGGAGAUAAUAGGUCUGCUACCAUGAAGAAGGGUCGGCUCCUGAGGUCGUCCCACACUGGAGAUAAUGGGUCUGCUGCUGUUACUGGAGGAUUUCAGACUGCUGGAGGUGACGCUCAGGGAACCGUCGUCAAAGAUAAACGCUCUCUUGGUCCUGACCAAGGCCACGGUGAAGGCUGCUGUCAAACAUCUACCUCAUAUAUCCAUAGUAACGAAGAGGAGGAGGAAGAGGAAGUGGGUGGUUUGAUCAAUUCCGAAGGAGAAGAAGUUAAUUGGGAUUACCUCAGUCCUGGAUCUACAGCAUUGCAGGGUCCGAAGUCAGUUUCUGAAAAGUUUGAGAACCAAGUUGAAGAUGAAGAAGAAGAUGGUGAUGAUGUGGAAGAAGAGGAAAUUGGUGGUCUGAUCAAUUCAGACGGAGAAGAAAUUGGUUGGGAUCGUCAUCGUAUCAGACAGAGUGUCAGCCGUCCUUCUGACAGCGAGGAGAGUCCUUCCGCAUCAGGAGAACCUGAACAACACCAGGAGAAUCACAACAACACCAAGACCAAGUCUCACCACUGCUUUAGAUGUGGGAAAGACUUUGCCAACAUCUCUAACCUUCGGCGACACCAGAAGAGACACUCAGAAGAGAAUUCCGAACACAGAUCCGACAGCGAAGCCAGGAAGUCCCACUGCUGCCCAGAAUGUGGAAGAGACUGUAAGAAGCUAUCAGCUCUACAUAAACACAUGAAGAUCCACACAGGAGAGAAGCCGUACCCUUGCUCCGUGUGUGGGAAACAGUUCCGUGAAAGAACAGCCCUCCGAGACCACCAGAAAGUGCACACGAGAGAAAAACCUUACCCUUGCCCCGACUGUGGGAAGAGGUUCGCUCACUCAGGAGCUAUGAAGAGACACCUGCUGACGCACACCGGAGAAAAACCUUACUCCUGCUCUGUGUGCGGGAGGAGCUACACCCAGAUAGGGCGACUGAGAGAACACGAGCGAACACACAGCGAGGAGAAACACGACUGUUCCAUCUGUUGGAGGAGCUUCUCCAAAGCUACGGCCCUCGUCACUCACUUCAGGACCCACACUGGAGAGAGACCCUACAGCUGUGAGGAGUGUGGGAAGAGCUACGUACGAACCCAGAACCUCCGAGCCCAUCAGAGGAAAAGUCACAACAGCUCAGUACCAAACCCUGGGACUGGGACAGGGCAAGACCUGGCUGCAGGGGUGAAGAGUGAAGAGGAUUCUGUUAGUAUCAGUGAUGAAGAGGAGAAGGAGUUGAUGCUGGCAGGGUGGAGGAAAACGACGACUAGCCUUACACAUUAGGACAGAUUCCUCUUUGUGCUGACCAUCUCUAGACACCGAAUGAAUACAAUGGACCAAAACAAGGACCAGCCGUCCACAUAGGAUUUUCUGCAUCAAAAAUGGUACUCUAUUCCCUCAAUACCAGGUCCUGGUCAAAACUAGUGCACUACAUAGGGAAUAGGGUGACAUUUGGGAUGCAGUUAGUCUUUGUGGUGAUGAUCUGUAGACAAAGAACCAAUAGAAUGGACUGUAGUUCUAAAUUCCACCAUAGGAGGGCAGCAAAGUCGGACGAAAAUUAUUAGUGUUGAGAAAUUGAGUUUGAUCUAAAACAUACACUACAUGACUAAAAGUAUGUGGACACCUGCUCAUCUAACAUCUCAUUCCAAAAUCAUUCUCAUUAAUAUGGAGUCGGUCCCAACUUUGCUGCUAUAACAGCCUCCACCUCUUCUGGGAAGGCUUUCCACUAGAUGUUGGAACAUUGCUGCGGGGACUUGCUUCCAUUCAGCCACAAGUGCGUUAGUGAGGUCGGGUACUGAUGUUGGGCGAUUAGGCCUGGCUCGCAGUCAUCGUUCCAAUUCAUCCCAAAGGUGUUCGAUGGGGUUGAGGUCAGGGCUCUGUGCAGGACAGUCAAGUUCUUCCACACUGGUCUGAACAAACCAUUUCUGUAUGGACCUCACUUUGUGCACAAGGGCAUUGUCAUGCUUAAACAGGAAAAGGCCUUCCCCAAACUGUUGCCACAAAGUUGGAAGCACAGAAUCGUCUAGAAUGUCGUAUGCUGUAGCGUUAAGAUUGGUGGCGAACUUUACACCACUCUGCCCGACGCUUGGUAUUGAGCAUGGUGAUCUUAGGCUGUGUGUGGCUGCUCGGCUAUGGAAACCCAUUUUGUGUAUCUCCCGACGAACAUUUAUUGUGCUGAUGUUGCUUCCAGAGGCGAUUUGGAACUCGGUAGUGAGUGUUGCAACCGAGGACAGGCGAUUUUUACACACUUCAGCACUCUGCGGUCCUGCUCUGUGAGCUUGUGUGGCCUACCACUUUGUGUGGCCUACCGCUUUGUGUGGCCUACCGCUUGUGUGGCCUACCGCUUUGUGUGGCCUACCGCUUUGUGUGGCCUACCGCUUUGUGUGGCCUACCACUUGUGUGGCCUACCACUUGUGUGGCCUACCACUUGUGUGGCCUACCGCUUUGUGUGGCCUGCCGCUUUGUGUGGCCUACCGCUUUGUGUGGCCUACCGCUUUGUGUGGCCUACCACUUGUGUGGCCUACCGCUUUGUGUGGCCUACCGCUUUGUGUGGCCUACCGCGUUGUGUGGCCUACCGCGUUGUGUGGCCUACCGCUUUGUGUGGCCUACCGCUUUGUGUGGCCUACCGCUUUGUGUGGCCUACCACUUUGUGUGGCCUACCACUUUGCGGCUGAGCCGUCUUUGCUCCAAGAAGUUUCCACUUCACAAUAACAGCACUUACAAUUAGUUGAACAGGUGGCAUCCUAUGACGGUGCCACAUUGAAAGUCACUGAGCUCAUCAGUAAGGCCUUUUUACUAGUUUGUCUAUGGAGAUUGCAUGGCUGUGUGCUCGAUUUGAAACACCUAGCAGCAAAGGAUGUGACUUAAAUAGCCGAAUCCACUCAUUUGAAAGGGUGUCCACAUACUUUUGUAUAUAUAGUGUAUAGAAGGGUUGUCUUUAAUUUUUUUAAACUGCAUUGUUGGUUAGGGGCUCGUAAGUAAGCAUUUCACUGUAAAGUCUACACCUGUUGUAUUCAGCGCAUGUGACUAAUACAAUUUUAUAGUCACGAAAAUGAUGCGUGCAAGUGGAUGGGGCAGAAGGCCAUGAGUUAUGAUUCUGAACGUCAUAUAGCAAGCAACAGUGAUAAGAAGCUGCCAUAGUUUCACCUUGUUCUCGAUACCAUGUCUUGUUGUGACUGAUGUCUCAUCUACGCUAAUAUGGCUAAAAUUCACUAGCUAGCUAACCAACAACUGUAACGAUAUAUUUGAGCUAUUUGAAUAAGUGCUCAUUGUGCAAAUGUAUUGGUUUUCAAUAAACAUUUGGAGAAUAAAAA